GCCAGCCUUUGGCAGAGCUGCUUGUUCCUCCUGGAGGAGCUCACGUCGCAGCAGCUGCAGCUGGACACCAUCGCCGCCAGCGCGGCCAUCCAUGGCGCCGCGGGCGGUUCCCGCGACGGAUGGCGCUGGGCCGGGUGGCUUCUGGAUGGGAUGUCGACACGUGCCGUGGCCAGCAACACGGUGACCUUUAACUCGGUUCUCACUGCGAAUGAAGCGAACUGGCAGAGAGCUGUGAACUUUUGGAGGAGGAUGAAGGGAAGCGCAGUUGACGUGGUCUCCUGCAAUGCCAUGAUCAACGCUUGGGGAAAAGCGGGCCGUUGGGCAGCUUCUCUGUCACUGCUGCGUUGGAUGGGUCAGUCGAGCCUCAAAGCUGACACCAUCUCAUGUUCCUCGGUGACCAGUGCCUGCGCGAGCAGCUGGGUGUGGGAGAGGGCCAGCCAACUGGUGCAGAGGAAGGAGUCCAGCUUUUCAUACAACGCUCUGCACUCAGCCUGCCAAGGAGCCAGGCAGUGGCGAGUCUCUUUGUGUCUCCUGGUGAGGAUGAAUCAAAGGAGGGUAUCUGCCGACACCGUCACAUGCAAUGCAGCAUUGACGGCAUGUCAAGAGGCCAUGCACUGGCAAAGAUGCCUCAGGCUCUUGUUUUCCGCAGCUGCUGACACAAUCACAUUCAGUGCUGCUGUCACUGCAUGCUGUGAAGCAGCAAACUGGCAGGUUGCGAUUCAACUCUUUGAUUUGAUGAACAUGGCUUCCGUUGGAAUGAAUUCGGUGAUUUUUGCCGAGCUUGCUCGUGCCUGUGCAUCUGGCUUGCAGUGGGAAGCGAUGCUUUCUGCUGUAGCUGAGAUGGGGAGUGCAGGUUAUGAGCCUGACUCGUUAGUUUUCGCAUCAGUAGUCAAUGCUUUACAGGAAAGUGAACAAUCGAUUCGCUUUGUGGAAGCAUUGAUGGAUUUGCAGACUGUUUCACGGCGACCGAUUCGCCGCGACGGCCCACGAGCGACCGGUGAUAAGGGCAGUGAAGAGCCCAUGGGAGGACGGUCCCGUGAGCGACACCGCACCGUGGGGAGGGGAGGGGCGCCAGGAGAGGAGUCGUCGUGUGGCAUUCGCGACGUUUGCGCCCAACGCAGCUGCGACGACUGCAGCAAGUCCCACAGCGAGAGACGUCUCGAUGCGUCGGCUGGGCGGAUGCGAGCAGAGCUGCAGCGGCAAUUGGCCGCGGAGGAUGGCCAACAGGCCGAUGACGCGGACGACCACCGAGCGGAGGCGGAUGCCGCAGGCGGAGAAUCAUCCGCCAUGGCCCAGUUUCGCCAGCUAAUGGAACAAAUGGAAAUGUGGGGCAAGACUGCCGCUGACCACAUCGAGGAGGCUUUGCUGGAAACGACGGCGGCCGCUUCCAACGCCGAACGCGAACUUCAGGAAAGACCGCCGCCGCCUGAGCUGCCACAGGUGGGGCCACCUGCUCCUGAUGGCACGCUUUCCGCCUUGGAGUUGGAGUUGCACUUCGAGGAUCCACCGUCAUCAGCGCCGUCGGUCGCGACCGCGGAGGAGGCAGCAGCGUUCCUUGCGGAGCUGGCUCAGCAGGCCCGUGCAGCUGCGCUGGCGCAGCUCGAGCAGCGAUCGAUCCAAGAAGGCGAGCCGUCCUCGGUCGACCUGAACGGAGGUCCUGCGGAGGCCGGGGAGGCCAUUGAGCGUCGGAUCGAGGCGGAGCGGCUGGCCUGUGGGGCUCCUCGGGUGGAUGGACCUCUCCGGGCGACCCUGGCUGGCGACGAGUCUGGCCUGCAGCUGCUGGAACGACAGCAUCAGGAACUGAUGGAGCAGAUGCAGCGAGAGGAAGAGGAACGCCGCAAGGAGGAGGCUCCACGACGGCCCCUUCUGGCCCGCCCAGCAUAUCAAAGAGUUGAUGUGUCGAGAGCCCGGAGCUUGGAUGUGGGCGUGAAAGAUGACCAGUUCUAUUCCGAAGAGCGCCAGGCACAGAGACGAGAAUCAAGAAGGAUGAGAAUGGAGGACAAGCUAAGUCACGUUCAAGAGGAAGAGCAGCGAAUGAAGGAAGAUGCUGGUGCUCCCAGGCCGAGCGUGCACGCGAAGCAGUCGAGCGUGGGCGACUGGAGCGAGAAGAUCAAUGGUCGACAGCCGCAAGAUAUCAUCCGCAUGCGCCACAGCAUCGACGAGCGGAGACGGAGUUAUAAGGAGGGCCGCCAGCGCUUCAUGCGCGGCGGCAACUUCUCCUCUUCAGAAAGACCGUGGGCCGUUCGCAGAUUUGGUGAGGAGAGGGAGAGAAUGAAGACGGAGGAGAGGAAGAUCAAGCAACUUGAAGAUCGCCUGGAAUAUUUGCUCCAACGCUUCCGACGGCACUGCCGAUAG